AUGAAAAAGCGCAUAAAACCCGAACGUCUGACACUGAAACCCAAACAAUCUCUUGUCCUCGGUGGAGGACUCGUCCGCAUCACACCCGCUGAUGCUGACAAAUUUAUCAUUCUUGCCGCACCAUUUGUCCCCAUACAACCACACGUGACGUCGACUGAAAAGGCAAUUCUCAUGCAAGCAGAGCAGCGUGACGUGCCCAACGUCCCGAGAAUCGCCAAGGAAGGAAUUGCAGAAUCUAUACAAUCUGCUGGUGUAUUUGAGAUUAAGGGGGAUGUUACGAAGACGUAUGGCAAACCAACGUCGCUGUCGUUGGAUAGGAAGCGAAAGAAACUGCUAAAUACGUUACCGUAUCGGGUUCUGUCGACGGAUAUUCUAAUUGAAGGGUGCGGGUGGGUAGAGCUCAUUGCGCAAGUGCGCAAGAAGGAUCUGGAAGCUGGGUUUAUGCCGAAGGUUGAGGUAUUUACUCCAACGGGGAAGUUUGUGGGGAAUCGAAUGCCUAUGUGUGCGUAUUCUUUUUUGCUUGAGAAACAGCAGAGAUCUGCCAAACGUCGGGCAAAAAGGCCGAUGAGGAUUAUGAAGAGGGCUAAGCGGUCUGCCAAGCGGUCAGGCAAUUAA